CGCCUGCGCGUCACUUCCGGGACGCUCCCUUCGUGGAGCCUUGUGGGUAGCCGGCCGGGGUCUCCUGGCGACGACGAUGGCGGGGGAUGUGGGCGGUCGCAGCUGCACGGAUUCGGAGCUGCUGCUGCAUCCGGAGCUGCUGUCCCAGGAGUUCCUUCUCCUCACCCUGGAGCAGAAGAACAUAGCUGUUGAAAAUGACAUAAGAAUAAACAAAGACAAUCUCACUGAUCUUUAUGUUCAGCACGCAAUACCGUUGCCUCAAAGAGAUUUGCCAAAGAAUAGGUGGGGGAAAAUGAUGGAAAAGAAAAGAGAGCAACAUGAGAUGAAAAAUGAGCCUAAAAGGACUAGCACUGUAGAUGGGUUAAGGAAAAGACCCCUCAUUGUGUUUGAUGGAAGUUCAACAAGUACAAGCAUCAAAGUGAGAAAGACAGAGAAUGGAGAUAAUGACCGGCUCAGGCCUCCCCCUCAGGCAAGCUUUACCAGUAAUGCCUUUCGAAAAUUGUCAAAUUCCUCUUCAAGUGUUUCACCCCUAAUUCUGUCUUCCAAUUUGCCUAUGAACAAUAAAAUGGAACACAAUAAUAAUGACACUAAACAGAACCAUGACUUAACGCAUAGGAAAAGUCCUUUGGGUCCUGUGAAGUCCCCACCUUUGUCCCCUGUUGGAGCUACUCCCGUGAAGUUAAAGCGAGCGGCCCCUAAAGAAGAAGCUGAGGCUGUGAAUAACCUGAAGCCCCCAGAAGCAAAAAGGAAGAUACAACAUGUUACAUGGCCCUGAAGGAAAGUUUCCAAAAAUGUAAAUAUAACUGUAACUGUAGUUUUUCAAGCAAGUUCACAUAUAUUGACAGUAUUUACAGAGAUCCUGAUUAUUGUGAAAUUUUCUUAAGAGGUUUAAAAUUAGGUUUGAAAAAAAUAGUUUUUCCUUUCCCCUCCUCCCCCCCUCUUUAAAAAAAUUUUUGCCUUUUGUGCCCUUAUUAGGAAAGAAUUUCUUUUUAAACAAAUGACUUAGUGUAAGUCAUUUAUAUUGAUCCUAGUCAAUCAUUAGCUGCCAAUCUGAUAAGCAUCUGAUGAAUUUUAGGAGUUUUCAUUACUGUUUCAGUGUUUGGGUAAACUUGAGAUUUUGUUUAAACUCAAAAUAUUUUAGAAGUUCACAAUUUUUAUUUCUUUUCCCUAGCAAAAGAAUUUAACAGUUUAUCCCAAUAUUUUAGUAAAUACUGCCAAACUCCUUCUCAAGGUUCACCAAGAAAAGCAUAUUUGUAGUGCUGCCAAUAAACUAUUCAGAAUAUACGGAUGAAAUUGCUGUUCUUUAAGUGCUUACAUUGCUUUUUCCCAUAAAAAUCAAAAGGGAAAUCAGUGCUUGCUGUUGCUCCUUCCCUUGAAGUCAUAACAGCAUUGGUAUAUUAGGAGUUGACUGGUCAGUCUCACAGCUGGUCCACCCUUUAAGAUGUCCUUGUCAUGCAGCGGUCCUCACUGUUUUCAUGAGCAGUCUGUGAUCUCACUCUGGGAGCUCAGGUGUCACUCCUUCCUAGGAGCUUCAUCCUUUCAAAAAGAAGCCGACUUUAAAAUCUUCAGGUGACAUAGUCACGUUCGAGGUGGUACCUGAUGGCAGGAGGUGUAGAGACUAGGAGGAGGGGAUGGAAUUCCAGCACUUCAGAGAGUCCAGGAGGGACAGCGCUGAGGGGGAAGCCUAGCAUGAUCUGGAGUAGGCAGAAGAGAGGGUGCGGAAGCCGGCAGCCACCGCAGAGUGACGGCGUAGAGGCGUAGAGGACGCGUACCAGGCGGACGAGGCUCCCUGCUGCGGUAACGGGCAGCUUCCCAGGGGGCUGCCAUGCACACGUUACCCACUGAGGUUUUGUGUUCAUGUUAUAGCAAUGUUACCAUCCCAGUCGUACAAUGGAGAUCGGUGGGAACAUAGGGUGUUCCUUAUAGCCACAUGCUCUCCUGUCCACUUUUUUGCCUUGUAUUUCUAACCAAGUGCAGAGGAUACUUUAUACUUUUUUCUUUUUAUGACUGAUCUUCAAAUUGGGGUUCACCUUUUCAUUAACUUUUUACAGCAGUCUCAUUCCUCUUUUGAUUUGUUGAAACAAGUAUUUUAGUUCAGCUAUUAAAUAGCCUUACAAAAAAUUCAUUCGGCCUGGCAGGUAAGUACCGUACUAAAACUUGAACCCUACAGUUUUUAGCCAUUCUGCCUUUAUUCAGACUAUAAAUCUGUACAAAUAAGAUGAAAUUGAUACAUACUAUGUGUUGCAUAAAUUAUUGACAUUAUGCCAAAUGAGUGAAUAUAUAGUUAUCUGCAGGGCUGAUAAUGUGUAAUAUUAUUGAAGGACAACUGUAACCCUUUACAUAGCCGUAUGUUAAGGAAGAUUUUAAAAGUACAGAUUUUAGGGUAGAAUGACAAAUUAUAUUUGAUAAUUCAGUUGUCCCUUCUGCUUUCAUCUGCAUUCUCUCUUAGUUAAGAGAGAGUUAGCCAUUUGACAGUUUUAAGUCAGUGGAAACUUAUUUUUAGUUACUCAAAAUUAAUUUUUAAUUUGUAUAUUUAACUUACAGAGUAGGUUGGUAAUAACAGCUGAACUGUGUAACGUUGUUGCUUCAAAUUGAAGUUUAUAUUAUGAACCUUCAGAAUCAGUGCUCAUAUAGCAGCAUAUUAUUGAGCUAUUUUGAGUUUGAAAUGUGGAGAAGUGCUAAACCACGUACUGUGUAUUACAUAAUACCAACAUCUUAGAGUGCUCUUGCCUUGUCAAGGUGUAUAGAUACAGCUUGUCUUGCAAUGUCUUCCUCCGUGUCAUGAAGCCUCCUGAAUGAGAAUCUGAAGAAGUGUCGGGAAUCGUAGGUUUUGAAGGGUUGCUUUGGUGUGCUUUCAAGUUUAGAAGGACCUAUUUGAAUGGCAAACAACUUUGGCAUACCCUUGACUCACUCACGUGGGUUAAUGUUGCUGUUGAUUUCAUAUUCCAACAGAGCCACCCUUUUUUAUUAUUGGGGUAGGCAACCGAAUGGUCGAGUCCGUGAGUGGCUUCUGAGGUGUAGUUACGGGCACUUUACCACUGCCUGCCGUUGGCAGGUGGUCUUGUUCUUUUCUUCCCC